ACAGUGAAUCCUUGCUCACAGCCAGUUCACGCUGCCCAUGAACACCACCACAAACAUAUUCAUGUACUUUACGCUAUACGAACUCCUAACGAUCAAAAAUACCAUAUUGUACAAUGGUGAAGACUUUGAUUUCCGUUGAUCCGAAACGACUUCCCUGGGAGCAGGAAACUCCGUUGCACAAUCGUUGGCACCCUGAUAUACCUCCAGUUGCUUCCGUAGAAGAAGGCGAAAUUUUUCGAGUAGAAUGCGUGGAUUGGACCGGAGGACAAAUUAAGAAUGACGAUUCUUCCGACGACGUCAAGAAUGUUGACCUUUCGCAAGUGCACUACCUUUCUGGCCCCAUCGCUAUUCCAACGGCAGAGCCUGGAGACUUGUUGAAAGUAGAACUCCUUAAUCUAGGGUGCCUUGACGGCGACGAAUGGGGCUUUACCGGUACUUUUGCCAAAGAAAACGGAGGAGGGUUCCUCACGGAGCACUAUCCAAGAGCUUCGAAAGCCGUCUGGGACAUUGAAGGCAUCUACUGCUCCAGUCGACACAUCCCUGGGGUUCGUUUUGCUGGACUCAUACAUCCCGGGCUUAUCGGAACGGCGCCCAGCGCAGAACUUCUCAAAAUGUGGAACGUUCGCGAAUCUGCGCUUUGCGAAGAAGAAGGUACACCCAAUGAAAAGACACUUUGCAGAUGCUUGUACACACGUCCACUCGCCUGUCUUCCUGAUCCCAAAGGAGCCAUGCUUGGUCAGCUCGGUCAUUUUAAAGCGAAGCAAGGAAAUGAUGAAACAUGGGACAAAGUCGCAGCUGAGGCAGCUCGCACGGUUCCGGGACGUGAGAACGGGGGAAAUUGUGAUAUCAAGAAUCUAUCUCGUGGGUGCUCUGUCUACUUUCCUGUGUUCGUUCCUGGAGCCAAUCUUUCCAUGGGCGACAUGCACUUUAGCCAAGGGGAUGGUGAAGUCUCUUUUUGUGGAGCAAUUGAGAUGUCGGGCUUUUUAGACAUCAAAUGCUCGGUGAUCAAAGGAGGAAUGGAAAUGCUCCCUGUUGUAGGUCCAAGUCCUCUGUCGGUGAAUCCAAUUUUUGAGAUUGGCCCGCUGGAGCCUCGGUACUCGGAAUGGCUGGUUUUUGAGGGUGUUUCUGUUGAUGAACGUGGCAUGCAACACUAUCUCGAUGCCACUAUUGCGUACAAGCGCGCUGUUCUAAAUUGCAUCAAAUAUCUUGCAAAAUUCGGCUACACCGAAGAGCAAGUCUAUUUGAUGCUUUCUUGCAUUCCAUGCGAAGGUCGGAUCAGCGGAAUUGUCGAUGUCCCAAACGCCUGUGCGACGCUGGCUAUUCCUUUGGCUAUUUUUGAUCGAGACGUCCGCCCUCCCAAGACAAUGGCCAUGUUGGAGCAGCUAGCAAAUGGCAUCAAGGUCUUGAAUAAGGACGUUUGUCUAUCGACCGAAGGAGGAGCGGAAGCCAAAGACUCCCGGUUAGACUGACAAUUUCGUCUUAUCAAGCAAGUCCGUUAUAUCAAACGGCAGAACGACCACAAAAAGUGAGGACCCUCCUCCUCUCAUCUUUGUAGAUAAAGAAAAUUGACAAGGGCGACAGUUUAAUAAAAUCAUGGCCAACAGCAACCUCAUAGUUCCGUUUCUGUGUCGUCAGAGGGAUAUUCCAACCUUUGUCCACUGUCUUCUUGACAAGCCGACGGAGGUGUUUCGACUCCUAGAAUAGCGAACGGCUGGCGACAUGAUGGGCAUAGUGAUUCCGGGCGGGAUAUAAGCCAAUUGAGAAUGCAGACAUUGUGAAAUACGUGCGGGCACAGAAGUGGAUUGGUAGAGUGCAUGCAAUUGUCGCCUUCAACAAAUGCCUCCAGACAGAUGUUGCAGCCGUGCAUAUAUUUCAAUGAUUCAUUUUCUGGUUCCUGGUAUUUUCCAUCGGAAUCGAUACUGUCUCUAUCUGGUCCAGCAAUAUUGCGAGUAGUUAUAUUCUGAGAGCAAUUGGCAAAGAUGGUCGUCAGCACCAUAUGGAAUGAGCCUAGCUCUAAAAGGCCUUUUUCCCUCUUAUUUUUCGAUACUCACCACCAUUUGGCAUCGCAUAGCAUUUUGGAAAGAUCGCUUCCGACGGUGAUUCUCUCUCUCAGAAAACGCUUUGACAUUGGCUUCAAUCCGCGAGAUCUCCGCAUCCAACUGAUGCUGCUGCUCAUCGUGUUCAGUUGAUUGUUCAUUCAUUCUUCGUAUAUACCGACGGCGUAAGUGAAUUGUUCCGCAGGAGAUAGCACACGCCCCGCAGGUUACUGCCAAGACACCCAAGAAGCAAAACCAAGCAAUAUAGCCCAGCGGCGUCUUGGACGUCUCUAUUGAAGAUGAAGUCAUAGCGUGCCCUCCCUACUUGAUAAGAAAAAGAUUGCUUUACCGGGAUGUGUCUUUCAACACUACGAACCAAUUCUUUUCAAACCUCUCGAACACAGUGAAAAUCAGUCUGCCCCUCCUGUGUU